GCACGGGCGUCACUCCUGCCAGUGCCGCCGCCCGGUGCCAAGGGCCGCCCCAGUGCCUGCCCUUCAGCCUUCGAGAACGUUCAUUUGGGUUGACCUUCACGUUCUUUCUAGUGCCAAGGGCCGCCCCAGUGUCUGCCCAACCUUCGAGAACGUUCAUUUGGGUUGACCUUCACUUUCCCUCGGUAGUCAAGGACGUGAGCAGUAGCAGCCAUGACGAAGCUAGAGGUGGCCGGGAAUGUGUCUGACGAGGAGAAGCUUGCAGUGGACGGUGCCGCGGUGUGUCUGUACGAAGAGAAGGUGUAUGCGGGGGCCGAGGACGGGAAGGUGAAGGUAUACGACCACCACAGCCUCGCCUUACAGCAGGAGGUGACGGCUCACGAGUAUGCGGUGACCGAUAUGAUCACCCUCGGGGCCUCGCUCUUCACCGCCUCCGUCGACUGUGGCGUGAAGGUCUGGGACGCGGCCACCAUGACCCAGCGCGCCACGCCCCCCGCCCACGAGGAGGCCGUCAGGAAGAUGGCAACCAACGGCAUCCAUGUGUUUGCUGGGGAUGACAAGGGAGAAGUUCGACUGUAUGACGUGGACGGUCGGGUUAAGGCCACACAUUCACUGAUGGAGGAGGUCUGGGGUGUGCACGCUCAGGACUCCUUGCUUUACACCGUUAGGGACAGAGGCAUCACCAUAUACCAGCUGUUCGAGGAGUCGAACAAAUCAUCGGUGGUCGGGACGGUGGAGGGCCGCGCGCCGAUGGUCGUGGAGGGGGAGUGGCUGGUGAGUGCCGACGCCGCGGGGAUGAGCCUGGUGGUGCGGGACAACAAGCGGGGGUCAUUCCAGGUCAAGGGGGAGCUGAAGGGCCACGAAAUGAUCAUCACGGCUUUGGUGGGCUGUGGCGGCGGGCGGGUGGUGUCUGCGGGCUGGGACAACAAGGCUAUUCUCUGGGACCUCGCUACCCUCAAGCAGGUCGCCGCGUGCUCCCUCCCAGCGUGUGCCAAUGCUCUCGCUGCCUCCCCCGACGGCUGUGUGUUCGCGACGGGGAGUGGCGGGUUCGUGUGUAAGCUGAAGAUCGUCUAAUUUAAGCCCGUAUUCUUAAGUGUAUACAUUAAAAAGCCUCUCGUAGAAGUUCCUGGGCUUUUCAUGGACCGUUUUGUGAUCCUGGUGAUAGUUUUGCACGACGUCUGAAUAAUGAACGGAAAAGUCACACAUGAAAACCCGAUAAAUCUUCUCCGUAGCCUUGGAAAAUAGCCGUAAUGAGAGAGAGAGAGAGAGAGAGAGAGAGAGAGAGAGAGAGAGAGAGAGAGUAAUUAAAGUAAGCACAAGAUCAAAAUACUGGUUACUGUUAUUAUUAUCAUUAUUAUUAUUAUUAUUAUUAUUAUUAUUAUUAUUAUUAUUAUUAUUAUUAUUAUUAUUAUUAUUAUUAUUAUUAUUGUUAGUUCGAGUAUGGUAAUAAAGUGUGCUAUUAU